UAGAAAGAGGACAUUUUAUUCUGGUAUCUUGUCUCAUGAGUCGUUGUCUUCACUUCUACAGGCUGUUUUUAUGUUCAUCAUUAGAAGACAACGGUAUCAUGGUGUGUCCAGCUCUACUGCUUCAAUCCUUCAUCUGGAUCUCUCUGAUGGCAAAAGGUGUGCAGUAUGACGUGACUCAUAUCGUCAGCAAAAUGUGUGUGGUCCGGCAGUCGAUGGUGCUCAUACCCUGCAAACACACUUCUCCAAAUGAGCAGGUGAGCUCAGCCGAAUGGCUCUUUGAGAGAUCGUUGGGGCAGAGGGUCAGGGUUUCUCAGGACCCUGCUUUUGUAGGCCGUGUGGAGUGUGUGCAGCCUGCCGCUGGAAACUGCUCGCUGCUGCUGAAGGACGUGAGGAAGAGUGAUGCUGGCAUCUUCCGGUUUGUUCUCAAUACUACUUCCGGACAAACUUGGACAAACAAUCAGGGAAUCCAGCUAGAAGUAACAGAUGCGAACCUGGAGGUAAAGACAGAGUCUGAUGCUGUGAUGGAGGGAGACUUGAUUAUGUUUGUCUGUGGUUCAUGCAUCCCCUCCAUGACUGUACCAACCUACAUUUGGAGGAAAGAUGGGCAACUGCACAGUCAACACCAUGGGGAAAACAUACUUGUUUUGGAGUCCGUCGAGCUGAAGGAUGGAGGCAGAUAUUCCUGCACCAUAAGCGGUCAUGAGGGACUGAACUCUACAUCUGAUGAAAUCACUGUUAGACCUGGAUAUCCUCCAAAGAGUGUCUUAGUGUCCAUCGGUUCCACUGGUGAAAUAGUGGAGGGAGAUUUAGUGACUCUGCAUUGCAAUAGUGAUGCAAAACCACCUGCAGAAAUCAGCUGGUUCAAGAAAGGAAAAGCUAUAGGAUCUGGAAGAAUCUACAGCAUCUCAAACAUCAGCUCUGAUCACAGUGGAGAAUACAAGUGCAGAUCCAGAAAUAAAUAUGGAGAGAAAGACUCUGAUAAUGUGAUGCUGAAUGUGAAGUAUGCUCCAAGAGAUGUUGUGGUGACCAUUAAUGGGUCUGGUGAAAUAGUGGAGGGAGAUUCAGUGACUCUGAUCUGCAGCAGUGACUCAAACCCUCCUGCUCUGAACUUCAGCUGGUUUAAGGAGAAUCAAAGCUCAGCUGUUGGAUCUGGACAGAGAUUCAUCAUCUCCAGCUUUAACUCCAGACACAGCGGACGCUACUAUUGUGAGGCUCAGAAUCAACAUGGAUCUCAGAGAUCAGCAUCUGUUUCUGUUAAAGAAAGCAGCUCAUCUCUGAUCAUGUUCACAAUGGGAAUCUCUGCAGCUGUUGUCUUGACGUCUGUGAUUCUGAUGGUCUUCAUCGGGGAUUUGAUCAGAAGGAAACGAGCGACUCAAUCAGAAGAGCAAAAGCCUGGAGGAUCAGGACACAAUAAGACUCUGGAGUCUUCUGAGGACGCCUACAUGAGCCUUGAGCCCAAGUCCAGAUGUUCUGAAUAUGACACACUGGAUAAUAUGAAGAGAUCCUGUGAGAACACAGACCACCCUGAAGAUCCUAUAUAUGAUAAUUUUUGACAAUUUCAAUUUGGCAUUCAUUUUUAAAGCUGUGCUGUGAAAAUGCAAAUUUUUCUUUUACUUUUAAAUAUCUCUUUACAUUGACAUACCUUGAAUAUUAAGUAUUUUCAACUUGACAAGUUUAGUUAAUUGUUAGUGUUUCUGAAAGUAAAGUGGACUUACUUUAAGUUUUCAAAACCAAAGUGUUCAUGUUCAUUCCACAUAAUUUGGCAUAUUUUCUUAU